AUGCUGGCAAGCAAGAUAGCCCGACUCCCGGACGCCGUGUUGCGCGACGAAUGGCGUGGCGAACUCGGCUCGCCCAGGCGAGUCGUCAGCGAGGUCGAGGCGCGAGUUUUCAGCGGCGGGAGCUUGCCCGCUAAUCGCGCGAAUCGCUUCAAGACUGAAGCUGCCGAAUUGCACAAAGAGGCCGAUCAAUUGUGCUUCAAGGGCGAGUACGAGUCGGCGUUGGUGCUGUAUCACCGCGCGGCGAAAUUAUAUCCGAGGCAAGCUAUGCACGCGGUCGGCACGAGACGAGCCGAGGCGGCGAUACAGCGCGCGGCGAAUCCCAGCAGAAGACUCGGCAGAAUGCUGAGGGAGGCGCGAGUGCCCGGACAGGAGGCCGCCGUGUUGGACGCCGAGGCCGCGGCGAGGCGAGCUCGCGAGAUUGUCGCCGAGGCGCAGGAUCCCGUGCAGGAGAUCCCGCGGAUUUUGAGGUAUCUCGACGCUCGGGAAGAUUUUUGGCGAAUCAGUAGCCCGGUAACUACACCGCGGGCGCUGCGCUCGCGGCCGAUGCGUCGUCAGCUGAACAGACGCGUGAGAUCAACGGUGAAAGCCGUCGAGGCAGCUCACGAUUCGGAAGCCGUUCGCAAGCUCAGCGAGGGGCUGUUGAGCUUGGUGUCGCUGACGGACGAGCCGAAUCGAAAUCAAGUGGAUGCGCUGGCUUACCUCGGCACGAAGCAGUUGGCGCUGGGCAGGCACGACCGAGCGAUCGAUUUGGCCGCCAAAAUGUUAUUCCGCGCGAGGACCGACAACGACAUCACGGCAAUGGUGAAGGCACUGGAGUUCAUCGGCAAGGUGCACUUGAGCUUUGGACACUUGAGUGCGCUCGUGCGGGUCUGGCAACGACUCGUCGGAGACCUCUCCAAAGAAGCCGUGGCCCAAGCAUGGCUCCACCACGACAUCGGUAGAUGCCAAUUCGAGCUGGGCGAGUACGCGAAAGCUCGCGAGUCGGCGGCUUUGUGUAUCGAGCGAGCUGAGUCAGUCGACUGUAAAAAGUGGAUGCUUCGCGGACACUUGCUAAGCGGGCAAAGUCUGCUGAAGUUGGCUCGAUUGGCCGAUGCCGUGGACGCUCUCAAAGUCACCGCGAGAAUGGCGGCCGAGCAGAAGGAAAGCGGACAGGCAGCAGGCGACGGAAACCAAUCGAUUUUGCUUUACGUGCACGGCCUGAUUGACCAGCUGACCUGUCUCCUAAGACGCCUCAACCAGCAGAGAGACAAGAACAAGAUCCUCCGGACGGACGAAGACAGUGACGCGCCUGAAUUGCCCGAGAUACGGGCCAAAGUGAAAUUGACGCGAGGAGAAGAGCAUCAAAUUGAGCAGCCGGCAAUAGCAGUAGCACCAGCAGCAGCAGCAGCAGCAGCAGCAGCUUCUUCACAAAGCCAGUCUCAAGGGGAGGUGGCAAAACUGUUGGCAAGGGCUCGUGAACUUCGCGCUACUGCACCCAGAGAUAACGGUCAUCCCGAAGUGCCACCCGUCGACUUAUCGGACGUCGCCGAGGACGCAAUGGACACUUCCAGGACUCGCGUUAUACGCACGGCACCCAAUUUCGACGACGAACAGACAUUGACCAACGACGAGCUCGCACCUCUUGCCGACUUUUCCGUGGAUGACGAUAUCCCGAGCGACGACGAAGAAAAUUUUAUCACGGAUGGAAAGCCAGACUUCGAACUAACCUCCCGCAGCUUGGCUUCCAGUUUGGACAGCUCGCGAGAACCCGCAGCAGAGCCUCGCAAGCCAUCGAUCCACACGGGCGUGCUUUCGGACUACCUACGUAGCAUGGAGUCGCAAGAGUUCUUAGAGCGAGAGCACCAGUACAUCGCGGGCAUAAAAUCAAGCGAGUGA